AUGCCGGAGAGCACGGCGAAAGUUGCGCGCGAGGACCCUGCCGAUGGGCAGUUUGCGGUCGUCGCCGAGCGCGGAAGCGUGUUGGUCGACGCCGACACGCUUUCCUUCCUCUCCGGUGCAGCCGAUCGGCAGGCUCCCGGCGGUGCGGCCCUGUUCCACGCGCCGCUUUCGAGUGUGCGGCUCGGCCUCAACCUCUCCGACCCCGCCGCCGUCAAGCUGAUGGUCGUGCCGCGUGCGCGCGGGCCAUGCUGGCUUUGCGAGUUGCCCCGCGACGCGGCGACCGAGCUUCUCGUCCGGACGCUCCGCGCGCGCAUCGCCGAUGUCCACGUGCUUGAGGCCGUCAGCACUGCCGACCAGAUCUUGGAUGCCAACCUGGAGCGGCUGGCACGCAGCCCAGCCGAUCUGGCCAGUCUGGUGCGCUCCGUCGAGGCUGCCCUCGCCCGACGCGAAGCGCAGGGGCGGCCGCUGCUGCUCUGAUCCGUCCUUGGCUUGUCACGCCUCGCCUUUGCUGUCGAGGUCAGUGCUUUGGAAGGUGCGCACAUGGCAAUGUUUUGGACCACAUGCGCCGGACAAAGGCGAGCGGAUGGGGAACAAAUCCUCCCACUGUUUGUGCGACAGGGGCGCGCCCACGGCUCACGCGUGAUUGAACCGAGCCCAACUUGGCGUUUGUUC